AUGGCCGACGACACCUCAAAAGUAAAGGCAAAAGCGGACACACUCUCGAACUCCCUCUCUCAACUCGAAUCCACCCUCGAGCCCCUCUUCGCCAAAUCUCUGCCCGAAACCACCCUCGGUCUGGAUACAAUCCAACAGGCGAAGCUUCAAGUGGCGAUCCCGUACUUAGUCUAUGAUCUCGUCUUCAUCUACCUCAAAACGCGGGGUAUCGACCCUAAGACCCACCCCGUUAUCGCAGAACUCGACAGGAUCCGUCAAUACUUUGAUAAAAUCAAAGAAGCCGAGGAUCCCGCCAAACGCUCCCUCGUCGUAGACAAAGCCGCCGCCGGACGUUUCAUCAAACACGCCAUCUCCCAAGCUCGCGCCCUCGCCGAUCCUCCAGCGCCUUCCGUCCCAGGCCCUUCCACCUCCACCUCCACCUCCACCUCCACUCCUUCUGCCGCCAAUGUUACUGUCCCAGUGAAAGUUACUGCGAAAAUGCUUGCUCGGGCGCAGUAUGAGAAAGAGAUGAGAGAGGCUGACGAGGCUGGAGAGGAAGAGGACGACGAGGGUUUGGAGAUGUAUGAUGGCGAAGGUGAUGUAGGGGUCGAAUAUGAGGAUGAGAGUGGGGUGGCAUCAGAUGGCUCAACGGGGAAGAAGAACAAAGGGAAGGGUAAGGCUCUGGAAAUCGACGACGACGCUCCGGAAGUGGCGACGAUAGGUUCCAAACGUCGACGGCCACCUGUGGACGUGUUCGCAGGAUACGGUGAAGACACGCUUGGCUCCGCGACCCCGACAACAACAACACCUGGACCACCCACUGCCACCAAACGAGUCAAGCUCCAAGCAGUUGAGAACGACGACGCCGCCAGUUCAGGUUCAGGCUGGAAUACGCCCGUCGAUACUUCGGACGGGAACUCGAAGAGCAAGAAGGGCGGCAAGAAGAAGAAAAAGUCGAAAGCAUCGCCGAUAUCUGGGUGAAGGCGCUGUGUCCACUUGUCUCCUUCCUUCCUGAGUUGCGUAGUUUUGUGAGGUUUUUUUUUGGAUUAUAUACAGUGCUUUCAGCAUGUUGACC